UCUGGUCAGCGGAGACGAAUCGCCGCAGAAGUACUUUUGCUCCGCUGACGGUCGGGUUGCUCUCGCCUGCAUACGUACGUCUGCUCACUCGUUGGUUGGUGGAAAGGGUGGUGUUCCUCGAUUUGUUGUUUUCUGUAUUUUCACUUGAAACUUAGCCAGUUGCCAUCAAUGAAGUAGAUUCGCAUACGCGCGAAGGGAUGUCCGUCAAGUAGUCGCGAACGCUGAUUGCCGGUCGCUUUUGUUCUGUUGCGCAUUCUUUUCAGUGCUUUUGUCGCCGAGAAAUCCGCUCCGGUCGCGAUUUGUGAGGGUGUUUUGUUUGCAGCUGUUGCGACUCUUGCGACGCCGUUUGUUUCCUCUUGGUCGUUUUUCAUUUGACGUUUCGCAGCCCACGGUCCAUUCUGCCGGAGUAGUUUUGUUGUCUUCACCUCGUCCGCCGUCUGGUUUAGAAUACUAAGACACUUUCUAUUAUUUAUAUUGAGGGCAAACAUGUUGUAAAUAGGACAAGCACCAUCCAUAAUUUAAUCUCUAGAACGCCAUAUCAUCUCAAAUAACUUUUACAAUGGCUCGAAUUAGCUUAAGAUGCCUUCUAAUAGUCACACUAUGCCAAUGGCUAGUCAGCGCGGAAAAGGACUUUCAAUUCGACAGUGGAGUAGAUGACGAUUUGCAGAUUAUGCUCACAGAAUCCCAGAAAGAUGUUGAAAGUCUUUCUCCUCUUCACAAAAAUACUUACUUUAAGGAAUUGUCAGACUGUCCGUACACCGAAAGCAAAAUAAUUCUCUCUCUAGUGCUUAAAUCAAACGACUGGGACGAUGUCCUUGACAAUAAGAAAACAAGAGCACUUAAUAAAUUAUCAAAAUUUUUCGCUGUUCCUAAAGAAUUUAUCAAAAUUGAAUCGGUGUCCCGAAGAGAUAUUUAUGAAAUGUCCAAAAGGUCGAUAAAACGAGGUUCAUAUAAGGGUGACAACGGUAAUAAGAAUCUAGGAAAGCUUGAAUUCAUGAUUGGUUGCGGUCAAUCAUACUUCAAAGUGGGAGAGCCGAUAUCAAUGCAAAUUGCUCAACAAAUGCAAGAUGGCUCCAUUGAUGACAUCAGCGGGCUCGAAUUCGGCUGGUGGGUCAUCUGGAAGAAGAAAAUCACCAAUAGAGUUCAAAGAUUCAAGCGGGAAGAAGAGGAAGGCUCUGGCCAAAUCGAUCCAGACGAAGAUUAUGAUUACGACAAUUACGACGACAGCGACACAUCCGUGACGGAAGUCCCAGUGGAAACAACUCACCCACACCGCCACCAUCACGGCUUAGAGCAGCCAAACUAUUUAGAUAGUAAUAGUAAGAAACUAACAGAAUCAGCACAAACAUUACCAAUCGACACGAAUACCAUCGAAACGAAUACAAAACAUAAAAAGAAUGAAUUAAAACCAGUACCGAAUUCAGAGGAUAGUGAUGAUGAUAUCAAGUCAAACAUUGGCACCGAAUCAAACAACCACAAGGGUACUGUUAAUAAUAUAGUAGAUGAAGAAAUUAUUAAAAGCGUUUCAAAAUUAGAGUCAGAUAUCAAGAAAACUAUCGAAAAUAAUAAAAAUCAAAUGGAGACAAUCAAAAAGGAAACACAAUUUAUUAAUAACAAAAUUUCAACAAAUGAACCUGUUCUCGAUUUGGAUGAGAAAAUUAAACAAAUCGAGAGCGAAAACGUCGAUAUUGACGACAAAGACGAUGAAGAUGAGGACGAAGAUGACGACAUUGAUAUUGAAGAUAAAAACAAUGAAGAUUACAUCAUUGAAGACGUUGUCGAUGAAACAACCAAAGCUGCGGCAACAACAACCACUGAACUUCCGAAUAUUGUAUCAACAAUAUCAAGUUCAGCCGCUAACAAAGUUGAAACUGUAACAAUACCUACAACAACACCAAAAACAACAUCGCUUAAAGAAACAACAUCUACAACAAUUUCGUCAACAGUAACAACGUCUUUACGGACGACUGUUACGGAACCGACAAGUGUACAAAGUGUGUUUGUUACUACUGUACCCACAAAGACAAGUGGCGAAGAUUCUACGAUUCCGCCGUAUAUCGAAGAAAAUGUCACUAACAUUCCUUCAACUACGACUACUUCUACUACUACUACUUCAAUUUUCGCAAGCACAGUACAGUCUAAGUCUACUAUUAUCGAUGUAACCGACACUCCUACUACUACACUUAUUUCUGUAAUUAACGAAAAGGGUGAGGGCGGAGAAGUAACCACCACAACAUCUAGAACAGCAACUUCGAUAGCAGAGGUUGAGCCCGAAUCGCACGCUGAGACAACAAUUGUUCCGCUGGUUGAGACAACAGUUCCACAUAUUGCAGAAACUUCGCCAACCAUACCUUCAACUACCCCAACUACAACUACCAUUCCCACCACCACAAGCACUACGACUACUACUACAACCACUCCGAAACCAACAACAACAACAACAAUGGAACCAUCCACAGAAUACAUUGAACCAGAACCAACGAAUUCACCACCGCUUAUCAAAAAUCGUCUUCCAAAGCAACCUGUUACCGCCGGCAAACCAUUCAGCUUUAUAGUUCCUUCGGAAACAUUCUACGACAGUGAAGAUGGAACGAAUCUCAGAUUGGAAUUGUUCGACAAGGCUGGAAACACCCUUAAACCCACUUCGUGGAUACAAUUUAAUCCGGAGAAUAAAGAGAUCUAUGGAUUACCACUGGAGGAUUCAGUGUCAAGAUGGCAAUUCAAAAUGCUCGCCACCGACAGUAAAAAUGCCUCAGUCAGCGAGACCGCGGACAUUGUCGUUCAACAGCACAAAGGACAUCGAAGCGUCAAUCACGAAAUCAGCAUUCAAGUGAAAUUGAACGAGAAAUUCCGCAGCAAUGUCGACUGGCAAAUUCGACUUAUUCGAGGAAUCGUCGAAACAUUGAAUGAUGAUUCAAUGACAAACAUCGUAGUUCGCGAAAUUCGUUUGAAUCAAACCGAUCCACGUUACGCAACGUUCGUAUACACAAACGAAACAUUAUCUAGAGAUACAAAGUGUCCCGAAGAUAGAUUGGAUAGUCUAGUGGAGAGACUGGAGCCAAGCAAAUUGACCAAAUCAUUAUUGCCUGAGAUCUCAGUGAAAUCAGUGAGUGGCCAACCAAUUGGUCCAUGCCAGAAGUUACCUGCCGUUAAACCGAAACCAACUCCUCAUAUGACCAAAAAUUUCCCACCUGUGCCUCGAAAUCAAGUAGAUCGUGUGAAUGCUACCAUUAAUCAGUUGUUGGUGUUUAAAGUUCCUUAUGAUACAUUCUAUGAUCCUGAGGAUCAUACGGAUCUGAAAUUGUCCCUUUUGACUAGUAAUCGGCGCCCACUUGAUCCACGAAAUUGGUUGCAAUUUGAUGCGAAAAAUCAAGAAUUUUUCGGUGUUCCCAAGUAUGGUGACUUUGGUACUGAUGAAUAUUUUUUGGUCGCUGAGGAUCACGAAGGUCUUACGGCCAACGAUGCUCUGCUGGUGUCCGUCACCCCUCCAGCCAGGCGUGACUACAGCAUACUUACAAAAUUAACACUAGGAAUGUCAUACGAUGCAUUCAAUAAUGCACAUACGCAGCGACGCUUUUUCGAGCGAAUUGCCCAGAUAUUUGGUGAUACAACAACGUCAAACAUUCAACUUAAGGCGAUACAAAACUUAAACAGCACUGGCAACGUAAUGGUCUCCUUCUUUAACACUACAAUGCAUAAGCCCCAUCAGCGAUGUCCCAGCGACGAGGACAUCGAAACAAUUCGAAAUGUAUGGCAGCAUUCUGACUCUUCUGUCCGUGACCGAGUGAAGAAAACAUUGGGAAGUGAAUUCAAUCUUUUGAAUGUUCACGUUACGCCAACGAUGUGCCCAACUCCUAUGGAUAACUUACCGGUAGAUGUUGUACCGAAGAAGACUGAGGAGAAGAAGGUAUCAUCGUUCACGGAUGAUUAUCUAUUCACAUUUAUAGUGCCCGCAGUUAUUAUACUAGUCAUGCUUUUGUUGGCAUCAAUAAUUGCAUGCGUUUUGCACAGACGUCGGCUCACUGGCAAAAUGGAGUUAGGUGACGAAGAAGAGCGUCGUUCAUUCCGUUCCAAGGGUAUACCCGUCAUAUUCCAGGACGAAUUAGAUGAAAAACCCGAAAUUGGCAACAAAUCGCCAAUCAUACUCAAAGAUGAAAAACCGCCACUAUUGCCACCAUCCUACAAUAGCGAUAACGACGUCGAUGAAUAUGUUCCGCCGCCAGCGGUUGUGGUAGGCGGACGAGAACAACGUGGCAAAUCUCCAGUAACUCCAUCCUACAGAAGACCACCGCCAUACGUAUCGCCAUAAUAUCUUAAAAGGAAACGUGAAACUUCCUAAAAAUAAAAAAUCGCAAAAACAAAAACAAACUACUAACAUUAAGGAUAUUAUAAAACUUGUGAGAAAGGAAGAAAGUUUUCGACUGAUUACCCAUGUUUCAUGUUUUUUUGAUUGAAUCAUAUUGACAUUGCAACCAAUCACUUAAUCAAAGUAGAAUCUUAAAGGAGAUAUCUUUUUUUUCAUUUCUCUCUCAUCUAUUUGUAUUAUGUAUAUGCUUUUAUCGUUUUUUUUUCUCCUACAUUGUAAGUCAUUUAAAGUUUUAUUAAAGUAUAUUAAUUACGUCAGUUUAAGUCAUCAUUUAUAUUUCGUAUUUUUAGUUUGUAGCGAUAAAUGUCUAGCGGUUAAGCUAUCAAAACUAAAAUGAUUUGAUAAAAAAUAAAAUUGGAAAUUUUUAAAAGUA